GUUACACCAUAAAUAAGUUAAUUUGCAAUUUGAUUUAACAUCAUAUAUUUGUAAUAAGUGUGAAAAAGUUAGGCUUCAAAAUGGCAGAAAACAAUCCUGACUCAAUUCCUUCAGAUGUAGAAAACACUUAUACCACACCAGCAAAUGAUCCUAAAAACAUGCAAGAGGUUACACAGUAUGUUCAGACACUGCUGCAAACUAUGCAGGAUAAGUUCCAAAGCAUGUCAGAUCAAAUAAUAAACAGAAUAGAUGAAAUGGGCACCAGAGUUGAUGAAUUGGAGAAAAAUAUCACUGAUCUUAUGACUCAAGCUGGAGUUGAAAAUGAGAAGUAGUACCGUAAAAUCUACAGCUAGUGUAGUUAUAUAUGUUACAUCCAAAGAUACCUUGUGCCUGGAUUUUAAAUCAUAUACAUAAAAAAUGAAAACACACAAUCUUUUUGCAUAGCUAUUGAACUAGUUAAACAAAUAAUUCAUUUGUAAUACAGAGCAAUGCUAUGUGGUAGAAACAACUAGAUUUUUCACUAUAAGAAAAUAAAGUAAUGUUAACUUUUAUAAAUUAAUUAUGUA